AUGAAAAAGGAGAGUAGUAAGUCGAGAUUUGAUAGGAGAUGUGUCGAGAUGGUGAGGAACGUGCUUGAGGGAAGGUCCACCAUCAAGGGGGAGGUCUACAAGACAAAGGAUCCCAAAAUGUAUCAUAGAUUGAUUCAUACCGUUGUUGAAAAUCAUGAGUUGCUGCUUGAUGUAAUAAAAAAAUGCAAGUAUAUGGAGGAUGACCAGGAGCUAGGGAUAGUGAAAUGCUUUGAGAUAAUAGAUAGAAGAAUUAGAAACACACGAAUGUACAAGAAGUUUAUGAAGGCUCUUAACGGGAGAAAGCUAAGACUGACCAAGCCGUGUGUGUUUGUAAGGAUCAAUGCCUUGAAGAACGGGACGGAGGAGGAUAUAAGCACCCUAAGCUAUGAAAAAACGUGUAUUGAAGGAGUAUACAAAGUACUCGACUCUAAGGACAUGAUUUCCUCUCCUGGAUACAGGGACGGGAAGUUUAUAAUACAGAAUAUUUCGUCCUGUCUUCCUGCAUACAUACUGAACCCUAGGGAGGGAUCUAGAGUUAUAGAUACAUGCUCUGCGCCUGGAAACAAGACAUCCCAGCUGUCAAUGAUUAUGAAGAAUACCGGAAAGAUAUAUGCCUUUGAAAAAAGUGAAAGCAGGGCAAAAACACUUCAGCUCCAGCUUGAAAGACUAGGAGUUAGCAAUACAGAGGUUAUAGAAGGCGACUUUAUGAAAGCAAGCCCAGACGACUUUAAAAGCAUCGAUUACAUUUUGUGCGACCCGAGUUGUUCUGGCUCAGGAAUGCAUUUGGGAUAUAGGAAGGAUGAAAAAAGGAUAGAGAGUCUUAAACUGUUUCAGAUAGCCAUUGUUAAGCAUGCCUUCAAGUUCGAGCCAGAGAAGCUAGUAUAUUCUGUAUGCUCUGACCAUAAAGAAGAAGGAGAAGAGGUGGUUGAGGAGGUGCUGAAGGACUCUGCGUAUGAACUGGAGGACAUAAGUAGGUUCUGGAGCGCCAGCUGUCCCUUCGAGUCUCCAUUCAGCCAGGAGGUAAUAAGAUGCAAAAGAAACGAUAAGGGGGCAACAGGGUUCUUUGUAGCCCUCUUUACAAAAAAGAAGCCUUGUCAAGUCUCCGGUGCUAGAUAA